AUGACUUUCAUCCAGGGAGCUGACGAGCCUUUUCAUGAGGCAUGGGAAAGAUUCCAAGAAUUACUCCGGCAGUGUCCGCAGCAUCAGCUGGCUCCUGCAAUGUUGAGCCAAUUUUUCUAUGAUGGAUUGAUCCACACCUCCCAAUUUAUGGUGGACAGCACUGCAGGAGGGAACAUCGCCAGAAAAACCGCAGCUGAACUUAAUCAGAUUUUUCAGACACUGGCGGAGAGUUCACAGCGGAAGACCACUCGGGGACGACGGGUGGAGGCAAAUGCAGUAGGACCAAAUUGCGAGCUGCAAAAGCAGAUGGCCACUAUGAUGAGAGAGUUACAACAGCUCAAGAUGAGCAAGGUGGAAAAUCCACCCGUUCCAGUGCAGAAUGCAGAAGGCUGUGGAAUCUGUGGUGAUUUUGGCCAUGGAGCCAAUAAUUGUCACAGAAUGGGAGAAUUUCCACCAGAAGGACAAGCUGAGACUUAUGCAGUCCAAGGACACUACAAUUCUGGUUGGCGGAAUCAAGCUCCUAGCGGGUCAGGGUCAAGCCAAGGAAAUCAGUUUCGCAGACCACCGCAGCAGAUGGGAUAUCAGAAUCAGCCGCAAUAUUUUCCACCUCAACAAAAUUUUUCUAUGCUAUUGCAGCAGCCGCCUCAACCCAUGGGACCUUCAUUGGAGGACACGAUGCAGUCAUUUAUGCAAGCUAGCAAGCAAGCAAUGGAGGCUCAGAAUGCUACCAUUAAGCGCCUUGAGAAUACAGUCGGGCAACUCACAGGAGCUUUGAAUCAGUUGCAGCAGUCGCAGCAAACUGAAAACCCACAGCUGCAUCAAGCUCAUGCUAUUGAGCUUGUCGAGGAAGAUGCCCACAGAACCGCGGGGAAGUGGAGGAGUAAAACGGUGGAAGCUAUGAAGAUCAAUCAACAGCCCAGUCCACCUCUGCCGCAGGUUCAGUCCACCCAACCUUUACCGAAGUAA